AAUCACGACAGGUGAAACAGCUUAGAUAUCUAUUACAUUAAUACAAUACCAUGAAACAGCCCAUCGAAAACAGGAUACUGGAUACAGUUCAUCUCAAAAUACGGGGACAGUUGUAUCCGUGUGAAAAAGCUUGGACCUCAUGUCACGAAAUGCAUGCGCCGCCGUGGCCUAGAUGGAGCCAGCAGGAUCAUCUUCCUACCUUCCGUUUAAGUUCUUCUCUACUGCUUGUGCUUAACCCUGAAGCAAACCCUAAUGGAGGAUCCUGGCUAACCCAGCGGCUCUUCUAAGCGGGCCAACAAAUCCAAACCAUCCCCAGCCAGCAGCCAGCCACAGUGCCAGCCCCAAGACUUGAGAGGCAGCAGCCCCACGGCCACGGCCACGUGAACGCCAUGGGGUUAUUACCCUCGUUAAAACCUAUGGAUUUGUAGCAUCAUCUCAAGAACCCCAGACAAAAAUCUCGCUUGCUUAACUUGUGACACCGCUGCGGUAGAAACAAAACCUCCCGAAAAGGGUUGGAAAGCAGAUGAUAAAAAGCCCACAGGAUCAUCCCGAAUAGAAGUGUUCAAGUAAUCGAAUAAAAAAUUCCAUUUCUUUAUCCCUCUGCCUUGACGGCGGCGGCGACCAUGGCGGGGUGCGGGGCGGCGGCGGACGGGAACCCGGCGGCGGCGGCGGACGAGCUCGCGAGCGGCGCGGACGCCAGCUUGAAUGCCUUCUUUGACCACGCGGGGUUGGACCUGGCGGCCGCCGGAGGUGGGCAGGGGGCGGACGAAGAGGAGGAGCUGGAGUGGCUCUCGAAUAUGGACGCGUUCCCUUCGGUGGAGACCAUGUCGGCGGCGGUGGAGGCGGCGCCAUCGGCGCCGGCGGCGGGCGUGGGCCGCCUGGAGCCGCUGCCCCACGCGCACGCGGUGGGGCCGAGGACCAAGGGUUUGCGGCGGCGCCGGCGGGUGACGGCGCCGUGGAGCGUCCCGCCGGUCCUGCCGCCGGCGCCCCCGCUUCCGGCCCCGCCCGCGGGCGGCGCGGCGCCGCGGCGCCGGUGCACGCACUGCGCGUCGGAGGAGACUCCGCAGUGGCGGCAGGGCCCCGCGGGGCCCAGCACGCUGUGCAACGCGUGCGGCGUGCGCUUCAAGUCCGGGCGCCUGUUCCCGGAGUACCGCCCCAUCCUGAGCCCCACCUUCUCCCCGCUGCUGCACUCCAACUCCCACCGCCGCGUCAUGGAGAUGCGCCGCCACGUGGAGGUGGAGACCGCCACCGCCACCGCCACCGCCGGCGGCCGCGCCGGCGCCAGGGCCCGCCGCGCCGAGCGCGCCGCGGCGCGCGCCGCCGCCGCCGCCACCACCACCAAGGGCAAGUGAUGAUGCAGUGACCGGCCGAGAGGGAAAUGGGUCUUUUGCUUCCUUUGGCGAUGGAGGAUGGAGGUUACUGGAGACCGGCCAUGAUUGCCUCCUCUGCUUCUUAUCUUCGUAGUUUUUCUCCUUUGCAAUUCUAGUUUUGUUACUUAGGACUGGUAGGAUUAGGAGGUCGAUGAAGCAGCUGCCGCUGCAGCCGCAGACGAGAGAGACAAGAGCAUCAUCGUGAUCAAAUGUUCUAUGCAACCUUGCUUCUGCUGUAACAAGACUCAUGGAGUCAUGGCGAAUCGAGCUUAAACCGUGGGACUGUGUCCCUAUCCUAUCCAGCGCCAAACUGGAUAAGCGCUUGUCAGGUCA